ACGGAAGGCAUUUUGGAGGCAUUUCCGAUCCGAGAUGGAAAAAAUCUUGGAAAAAAGUAUCAUCAAUACUACCUCCUCACCGUUGAUUCUUUUUGAUUUAUGCAUAACAGAGUAUUGUACUUCACUGUAGCAACCCAUUGCUCUGCAUCAUUAAAGCCGAAGAACUCCAAAAGACCUUCCGCUAGGCAAGACACAYCGUAUUUCGGUGCAUUAGCUCGUUACUUCUGAAGAAAACCAAAGAACGAACGCAACACCUUUCUCCACACAACAAGAUAAAAUGUCUAUCCGGCCGAUCAGCUCUCGAUUCCCCCUGUCGAAAAGCGUUUGGGAAGAAACCGGCCUUCCACUGUGCGCUGUCCUGRCCCCCCUGGAGGAUCCUGGAGAAGACGAGGAAAGCAACGAAGACGGGAGGAGCGAGAAGGGCAGAGGUGGUGCUGCUGCUGACUCCUGUGCCCAGCCCAUCGGGGCCGUCCCCAAGUGCCUCUACUGCGGGGCACCCCAUGUGACGGCGACGACGCACUUUCGGCCCUCCAAGCUGUCCUCGCRGCUCCUGUGCUACUUUUGUGGGGAAACCUCCUCCACGAUGCUCACCGAUCAGCAAGAAGUCCGCGAGAACGAGACCCUUGAUCCCGACGUCUAUGACAAGAUCCCCUUUUUUAAUCCGAGGGACGUCCUCAACCAGAAAGACGAAGACGAGGACGAUGUCCCGCAGGUUCCGACGGAGACCUUCGAGUUCCGGGUUCCCGUAKAUGUCCAGAAAAUGACUGAGGUUGUCACCACGAGAAAGGGCAAGAGACGAAUCGUCAAGGAGCAAAAGGAGACCAUGAUUCCGACCUGGCAGCUCCCUGCCAUGGCCUGUCCGCCCGUCUGGUGGAUCGUCGUCGACGGAACCGUGGGCGGCAGAAACAACACACUAGCCGCAGCACGGAAUUACUGGAGCACGGUUGGAGCCACCCUCACGCGCACCAUCGAGGCCAUACCACCGCACGUCCACGUCGGACUGGUCACCGCCACUGCAUCGCGGCUCGCGAACUGGGACCUUGCCUCGGCCGUCCCGCACGUCAAACAGUUUCCUUAUUCCUACGAUCCAAUGUUGGCCAUCGAUGACGGUGAGGGUGAGAAGAGCAUGUCGGAAGAGAAAACGGCCUGGGACCUAAGCCUUGUUCCGGCAAACGGCCACUACAAGGCAAACCUCCUGGCUGCCAUCCGGGCCAUGGUAGACGGAGCCGGGAGAGGGGUCUUCAUGGGCGGAGACGAGGACGACGACGACGAUGAUGAUGAUGAUGGCCACGAAGAAAAAAAGAGCGAGGACGAGCAGCCCGGCAAUUUUGGGGGCCAGGGCUUGCCGCUGGCAUUGACCACCGAGAUCAUUCUCGAGUUUAUGGAGCAAGCCCAUCACCCUGGACAACAAGUGGAGGAGGACGAAGAUGACGACGACGACGACGACGAUAGCACCACCCAGUUGCGGUAUGCCGGAGGAAAGAUCCUAUGCCUGCUCGGAAAUCCUCCCCUAGAAACGGCAACCCCACCGUCCGACGACAGCAUGAGCUACUUCGCACAACCUGAGUUUGGCUUCGGUGGCGUUGCCGGAACGUGCUGUGUGGAAGACGACAUCGUUGAGGAAGAACAGAAACAGGCGUCCCGGCUCCAAAAGCGCAGUUCUGAGAUGCAUGGGGAGGAAAAAGAGGAUGAAGAAGACGUCGACGAACCCACCGAUCUGACACAUGCGAACAUCAAGGAUUACGCCAUGCCUCUGGAACCGGACGACUUGUUUGCCAUGGUCGGGAAGCGCUGUGCCAAAGCUGCCCUCGGUGUGGAUAUCUUUGCCUUGGUUCCCCAGGAAGAUGAUGGCCUGGAGGGAAGAAAUCGCUGCGAGCUGUAUAACAGCAACACGGAGGAGAUCCCUUGGUACGGCUUGCCACUGUUACGACCUUUGUCGGAGCGCAGCGGAGCUCCCGGACCCCUUAUGUUCGGGACGGCGAACAUUGGAUCGGUCGAAGACAGAGGAAAUAACACGAAGCACUCCGACGCUUUUGAGCGCCUCCACGAAAAUGUUCUUGCGCGAACGCCCUGGCAGAAUGGCAUGGUGUUCGGAGUCGCGAUGGGUCUGCGCCUCCCUUCAGGAUUUCGAGUGGAAAAAUCUCCAGUCGAUGUGCCCAACUCGCAGCUGGAGCUCUCCCGCUACUUGUACAGUAAGGGGAUCACAGGUUCGGCGGUCGCUUGUGCCGAUGUCGAGGAAUAUGGAAAAAGAAAGGUCGCCGGCUUCGAGGAAGACGACAAUAUCGAUGUAUGGAUCAUGGGAACAUGUGAUCCGCACACGAGUUUUACCGUUGACUUGGAAACGGUUGGAAGCGACGAGCUGCCCGAUAGCGUUGAGAUGCAAGGUUUCGGAGAGGUCGAACUGAAACCUCUAAUGCAGACGUGUACCCGUUACACCUGCAUCGAAACCGAUGGUGCCGAACCAACACCAAACUACUAUACCGUCUGCAAGAUGAGGGUAUCAAAUGUGUCGAUGGAAUAUACUGACAAUGCCGAAUCAAUUUUUGAUGGAUUGGAUACGGAGGCAGUUUCGACCGUGCUUUUCAACAAGCUCGCCCUCGAAGCUUACACAGUAGGCCUUGCCGAAACGCAAGAAGUCGCCGAAUCAUGGUUGCAACGUAUCCUGGAAGCUGUAUACGAGAGUGCGCAAGCGGAACUUGCCUACUUGGAAGAAGAAGAGGAGGAGGAGGAAGAGAAGGAUUCCGAAGAAGAUUCGAAUUUCAAGGCGUGUGACCGUCUCUUGGAUUACGAGGGUGGAGAGUUGGACAAAACCGAGGUUUUGAUGGGAGCAGGUCAUUCGAAGGUGAAAUCCGUUCCGCUACUGGUCUAUGCACUCAUGAACUGCGAUGCCCUGCGACCUAGCAACGAAAAUUUCAAGCCUUCGAUGGAUGCCCGUCUCUGCGCGAUAGCUCAAUUGACGUCGAUGACUCCCAAGAACAUGGCAAAGAUACUAGCACCAUCUCUGUCUCUUUGGUCUCUCAGGGACGACCGGCCCGUUCUGGAUUCCUUGCCCCUCAGACGGGAAGGAAUCUUGGCGAAACUUGACGCUCUUGACGAGGACAGCAAAAAAGACACGAUUCUGCUUUUGGAUUCGCUGCAGCGUGUCGUUUUCUUCGACGGCGUCGAAUUGGGUGGCAGCAAAGGGAGGACCAAUGAAUCUCGAUCGAUCGAGGUUGGUACGCAAUUUGAGUCCAGAGUACUAUCGAACUUGAGAGGAUAUCGAACAGCUCCUCUAAACUCGAAGGCCGUAGAAAGAAUUCUAGAUGAAAAGGGUGGAAGUCUCACCGAUGUUGGAGUCUCUCGGUCUGUCUUGCUUUCGAUGCUAAUAGAGGACAAGGCCACCAACAGAGGAGACAGCAACUUCAACGAAUGGAAGUCACGGAUUGCCAAAGUGCUUCGAGAGAAAUUCGAGAUUGAUGAGGAGAAAACUACCUCUAAAGGUAGACUUCGGCGUAUGAUGCCUUUUUAAAUUUACUUCAGAAAUACUUAGUAUAAUAUUUCCUCCUUCGGGUAUAUCCGUGGAUUU